AUGCAGUGGGAGACUCCGAAAUCUCCCUCAGACAUCAGGAGUUUCUUGGGUUUAGCAGGGUAUUAUCGGAGAUUCAUUCGUGAUUUCUCCAAGAUUGUCGUACCCCUCACUCGUCUAACGAGGAAGGGGGUGGAUUUUCGGUGGGGCCCUGAGCAGCAGAGGGCGUUUGAGACCCUCCGGCAGUGUUUAUGCGAAGCACCGGUGUUGACACUCCCCGAGGGAGUUGAGGAUUUUGUGGUAUUUUGUGAUGCAUCCAUCACAGGCUUGGGGGCAGUCCUCAUGCAGAGAGGACGGGUGGUAGCCUAUGCAUCGCGGCAGCUGAAGCCACAUGAGACGAGAUACCCUACGCACGAUCUUGAGUUGGGAGCGGUGGUUUUCGCUCUCAAGAUUUGGAGGCAUUAUCUGUACGGGGUCCGAUGUACUAUAUAUACGGAUCACAAGAGUUUGAGGCACAUCAUGGAUCAGCCGAACUUGAAUAUGACGCAGCGCGGGUGGCUGAAUGUGGUCAAGGACUAUGAUUGUGAGAUCCUUUACCAUCCUGGUAAAGCGCAUGUGGUUGUGGAUGCUUUGAGCCGCAAGUCAGCUGGGUCCUCUACCCCAGCCAGGUGUAUGAGGAUAGCGGUGGAUUCCCCGCUGGUGGGUUUGAUCAGGGAUGCUAAUAUCGAGGGUAUGAGGCCAGAGAACUGGAAGUUGGAAAGGAUUAAGGGCGAAAGCGCCCGGUUUUUUCAGGAUAUCCGCGGAUUGUUGACCCGAUACGGUCGGGUUUGGGUUCCGAUGUCCGGAGGGGUCCGACAGACAGUGAUGGAGGAGGCUCAUAAGUCUCGUUUUUCUAUUCACCCGGGAGCCACCAAGAUGUACCGUGAUUUGAGUUCGAGUUAUUGGUCGCCUGGUAUGAAGCGAGAUAUCGCUUGGUUUGUUGAGAGGUGCUUGACCUGUAGGAUGGUCAAGGCCGAGCAUCAGAGGCCGCAUGGCAAGUUGCAGCCUCUGGAGAUUCCCAUGUGGAAAUGGGAACGGAUCGCGAUGGAUUUCAUCACGAAGUUGCCGAAGACGGCAAGGGGGUUCGAUGCUAUAUGGGUCAUCGUGGAUCGAUUGACCAAGAGUUCCCAUUUCCUAGCCAUACGGGAGAGUUCGUCGGCAGAGAAGUUGGCCGACCUGUACGUCAGAGAGAUUGUCUCUCGCCAUGGGGUUCCAGUUUCUAUCGUUUCCGAUCGAGAUGUCAGAGUUCGCCUACAACAACAGCUAUCAUUCCAGUAUUGGCACCCCGCCUUUCGAGCUGUUGUAUGGGCGGAAGUGUAG